AUGGACGACCACGGGCCACAUAGGAUCCCAGGUCAGGUAAGAGGGCGUUACCUCCCACACAGUCUCGGGGCAGAGGGGAACACCCACCACCGCAAUGCCAUACGACGCCUGAUAUGUACCGACACCCGGAUAGAGGGCGCAAGACGGGAGGGCCGGGGGACUACUGCAACCAAUGAGAGCACACAUGCAGGGCGCUGGGCCCACAAUGAAAAGGGAGCAAAACUACUGCUCCAAAAUGCCCCAUUGAUCAAGCUUACCUUCCAGGCAGAAAAGAGGCAGGGGCACGUAAACGAGACUGUAAAAUACCUCAGGCAGGAGUUGGCUGAUCGAGAUACUUACCACCACAGAUAA